AUGGCGGGUAAAUCCAACGGUGUUGACACUUCGGAUUGGGCUCGGGCCCCCCCUACUUCUGGGCCCUUGUGGCAGAGGAUGUGUAAGGCGAUUUAUAAUCCUGAAGACAAGAGCUUUUUAGGGCGAACGCCGAAACGAUGGGGAAUCGUGCUGAUUUUCUACCUCGUGUUCUAUGCGGUGCUGGCAGCCCUUUUCGCUGGUUGCAUGGGGGUUCUCUUCGUUACCCUGGAUGACAGGAAGCCUACAUAUAUCUUGGAUAGAUCGUUAAUUGGUGCAAACCCAGGCGUAGCGUUCAGACCAGCCGUGGACGGCAGUUUCCUCUUGGACAACACGAAUUCCAGCAGUUUUGAUAUUUAUGUGGACGAGCUAAAGGAUUUCUUAAAUGAUUACAACUCCGAUUCCUGGUACUCGUCGAAGGAAGAAUGCACAGUGGAUGAUAAUUUCGGCUAUCCAAAUUCACCUUGCUUCUUCAUUAAACUGAAUAAGAUUUAUGGCUGGAAACCAGAAUACCACGACGUCAAUAGCUUGCCUUCAGAUAUGCCAAGUGAUUUAAGAGAACACAUAGCUACAUUGCCAUCACUUGAGCACGAACAAAUCUGGAUCUCAUGCGCAGAUGAAGUGUCAAAUGCUACGAGUAUAGAGUAUCCGUGGGGCCGAGGUCUCCCGGGGCGAUUCUACCCGUUCCUAAACCAGGACGCUUAUUUGAGUCCUUUGGUUGCUGUCAAAGUAACUCCGAUAGCCAACACCCCAACCACAAUACGUUGUAGAGCGUGGGCGAACAAUAUAAUAUACAACAAAAGCCUCAAAGAACCUUCAGGGUACACAAGACUAAGUAUUUACGUGGAAAACGACACAAGCCUCAAUAGUACAAGCACAGGUGGCGCUGAAAACAAAUAA